CAAGGAUGGAUGCAAACUGAUCUUUAACUUUCGUAAUCAUUCUAUUAGCAGCUGCAUUACAUGUUUUAUGUACAGACAACAAUCGCAAGCCUAUACUAGAAUCAAAUACAAGAACGCUAUAGAAGUAACGCCAAAACCCAAUUUGCCAUGUGACCAUCAGCAUCGUAACUUUAAAUUACUAGCAAUGAACAGUAUUUAUUCAUUUUCUAUCUGUGACAAAGUUUUAUGUCCAAAUUACAUAGUUAGUACAUGUGGACACAACUUUUGUUACGAUUGUGUGAACUCCGUAUUUUGUACUAUUUUACGGAAGCAAAUUCCAUGUUUUGUUUGUAAUUAUUUGUUGAAUUUUAAUAAUUUCAACUUGCCACAAACUUUAGCAAAAGAGGCACUUUUUGCAGCCGAAGUGUCGUGUAAUAAUUGCAGAAACAUCUAAGCAUACAUGCAUUCCGAACGCGCAAGAAUUUCAGCAAACAACAGAACUUUCAUCUAUGUCAAAAAAAUUAUUAUAUGCUGUUGAGACAACCACUCAAAUUCACAAGUCAAUUCAACAACUAUCUGAUAAAGUACUUCUCAAAAACCUGAAAGAAAAUGAUGGCCAGCACAAAAUCCAAACAUUUGGAAGGCCCAGAAAGGUUACUCUUAUAACCAACACCACAUAUAAGAGUUCAGAAGUCUCCAAGAAAACACUAAUGAAGCGAAACCGCGAGGUUGAAGAUCUUGCCCGUCAAGUCAAUAAUGAUGAUGGUAAACAAAAUAUAAUCAAUCAGCUUCGGAAUGCUUCAUCUGAACAUCUGAUUGCAGCUAAUAUAGAGAGUUCUCAAAUGACGGUUGAUAAGGCCCUUGCCUUGAUAACAGACUGUAAUGUCACAUGGGAACAGCUGAGAAAAAUAAAACGCUAUUCAGCUUGUUGUGGUAUCCCAUCAGAAAGAAAGAUUCGGCAGAGACAAAGAGAACUAAUUGAUGGCAAAUUUGUAGCCACGACUAUGCAGUUAAUGCAACGCUCAUCGAGGUAUGACGAAUUCCGUCUUGCACAGUGUGCUGUGGUGUGGAUGACAGACGUUCACGGAACUGUCACCUCUCACUUAGAACAACAUUUAAUGCUGAAUAAUCUUGUGCCACACAAUGGAGAAAUAUGGCUGAAAUUUGGGGAGGAUCAGGGGGGUGGGUCAACUAAAUUUGAAAUACAAAUUGUCAACAUAAAAAAUCCAAAUGCAACCAGAAACGUUGUAGUCGUUCUCCUGUUUGAGGCGCCAGAUUGCAUGUUCAACAUAGAGGCAACCUUGCCAAAUAUAUCGCAUGCAAUUGCAAAAAUGGAUGGGACCAAAUGGAGGGACUAUACUCUAAGGCUGUUUGGUUUCGGCGACUAUGCCUACCUUACAAAGCUCUAUGGGCUUCUUGGACCUAAUGCACGUUAUCCAUGCCUUUAUUGUACACAAACUGCGAAGGAAAUCAAAGAUGGAGAAAAACCAUUACAACACCGGACAUUAAUGCAAAUCAACCAGGAUUAUGCAAAAUUUCUAGAAGAUGGAAGGGAAGAAAUGGCCAAAGAAGUGUCAAGAUGUGUCAUAAGGAAGCCCCUAGUAGACACUGAAAUUGAUCAUGUUUCUGUUCCGUCUCUUCAUGUAUCCUUGGGGAUUUUCAAGAAGCUAUAUGAGAAGCUGGAAACAGAUGCCCAUGAAAUCGACAUGAUUGUAUACAAAUCUCAAGUAAAUAUUGCCGAAAAUGAUGAUAAUGAUGAUGACGAUGAUGAAUUAGAUGAUUUCAGUGAGCGAAUAAAGAUUCAAGUAAAAGAAAAAUCAGAUUUGAAGCAAAAGAGAGAGAAAUUGAUAGAAGAAAUUGAAGAUGGGCUUCCUUUAAGCUUCUACCAAGGAGAUGACAAAAAAUCUAUUGAGAAAGAAAUCGAAAAGAUAAUAAAGGCAAAGGAAGAAAUGUCUAAAAUUGACAAACUUCUAGAUAAUGACUUGCCAUUUGGCACAGGCCCUAUCGUUAAUGCACUGGAUGAAUUUCUGCAACGUAACAAAAUUCAACGGCAACAAUAUCAUGGAAAGGCUUUCAAUGGCAACCAUGUGCAUAAAGCACUACAGGUUCCAGUAAUACAUGAUUUAUUCAAAGUUCCAAAAGAAGUUGUAAAAAGCAAAAUAGAAGAUAAGAUUGGCAUUGGAAAAAUGAGGCUAGUAGCCACAAAAUUAAAGAAGCUUGAAGAAAUCAAAGACCUAUUUUUGCUAUAUGGAGAAGUUCACAAUAGCAUGAACCAUUGCAACUUCAUGAAUGAUGCAGAAAUUUAUCAUCUUGGCAAGUAUAUUCAUUAA